AGAUGAGUCGUGCAGUGUUACAACCAUUUGAAGUUUAUCAAAAAGCUAGAGUUUAAUUUGUGUAGACAGUGGCUGAGUUAGCAAAAAGACCAUAAAAUAUAGAGGCUUUAUAAUCAGCAGGUAAUGAAACCGUAAUAAAUGUUUUAGGCGUGAUGUCCUUAUUGAGACCUUUGUUAUUAGAUUGUGUACCAUCAAUUCAAUAAUCAGCAGCAUUGGCACUGGGAAGAUUGGCCAAACAUUCUGAAGAUUUGGCAGAAGCAGUUGUUUCGAACGAAAUAUUGCCAUAAUUAGUGAGUUCGUUGGGAGAACAAAAUCGUUUCUAUAAAAAAGCUGCAGCAUUUGUACUUAGAUGUGUAGCUAAACAUUCUUCAACUUUGGCAAUGGCAGUUGUUAAUUCAGGAGCUUUAGAAGCAUUGGUUCAAUGUUUAGAAGAAUUUGAUCCAAGUGUAAAAGAAGCAGCAGCAAGUGCUCUUCGUUACAUAGCUAAGUAAGUAUAAAAAGUAUUCUGUAUAGACACACAGCAGAUUUGGCUUAGGCAGUAGUAGAUGCAGGAGCAGUUCCAUUAUUGGUACUUUGUAUAUAGGAGCCAGAAACAACAUUAAAAAGAGUAUCAGCAGGUGCAUUAUCAGAAAUUUGCAAGCAUUCAGCAGAGUUGGCUUAGAAUGUAGUAGAUGCAGGUGCAGCACCAUUUUUGAGUGCAUUGAUACCUCAUCAUGAUGCAGAAUUGAAGAGAUCAGUUUGUUUUUGUUUAGCAAAUAUAGCAAAACAUACAAUAGAUUUGGCUGAAGCAAUAGUAGAUGUGGAUAUUUUUCCAAAGAUUUUAUAUAGAUUAAAAGACACAGAUCCUGGAGUUAGGUAUAGUAAUUAAUAAAUAAUAAAAUAGAAAGGCAGCAGCUACAUGUAUAAGAGAAAUAGCACGAUAAUCAUAAGACUUAGCUAAAAUGAUUUGUAGUGCAGGUGCAGUAGUGUCAAUAGUUGAUUACAUUAAUGAAGCAAAAGGGGAUGCUCGUUUACCAGGAAUAAUGACAUUAGGAUUUAUAGGAGCAUUUGAUGAAGCUUUAGCAAUGGGAAUAAUAGCAGCUAAAGGAAUUGCACCUUUAAAAGAUGCUCUAAUUAAAGAACCUGAUUAAUCUGUAAAGAGUGCUUCUGCCUGGUCUCUUGGUAUGAUUGGAGGGCAUUCUGCUGAUCAUUCUAGAGCAAUGGCUGAAGCUGAUGUUCCAUCACAUUUACUUGCUGUAUUAUAUUUUAUUUAUUUAUUUUAAGGUUUAUAAAUUCCCUGAAUCUAGUGAAGAUCUUAAAAAGAAAUCAAGUUAAGCUUUGAAAUCUAUUUUAUAAAUGUGCACAUAUUUACCUGCAUUAGAACCAUUAAUCUCAGAAGCACCUCCUGAUAUUCUAUAAUAUGUUUUACAUCAAUUCCAAAAGACUUUACCUAAUGAUAAUGCUGCUAAAAAGUAUAUUAUUCUUUAUUAUCUUUAGAUAAUUUGUAUUAUCUGAAGGUCUCAAGAAGAUACAAGAAAUUAAAGCUAAUCCUGGAUCCAAAUUAAGAUAAUAUAUAGAUGAAAUCAAUUCAUAUUAUCCACCAGAAAUUAUUCAAUAUUACAGUGCUGGUUACGAACAACAAUUGCUCAAGAAGUUAGACGAUUAUAAUGCAGAUUGAAAAUUUAUAAUAUUCAUCCAAAUAUAUAUUAUUUACAAAAACCAAC